AUGACACUUGUGGUACUCUUUGUAUCGGCGAUGAAACUCGUUGGAAUUCUGAUUUCCGUCACCGUCUCCGCCAAUGCCUUUUCCUUCUCCGGGUUCCAAAAAAAGAACCUGAAGCCUUUUCGUUCUUCUAUCGACGAGUCUUCUGAUAUUCUUGCCGUAUUCAACAAUAUUCAGUUUGAUGAUAAAGGAACGAUCUUGGAGUUGUUGGAGAGUUUGAAAACGACACCGUCGAUCGUCGGGAUGCAUAACAAUGACGACAACCGUACAAUUCGGAGGAGACCGGCCAUCGCUGUUGAGAAAAUACCGAAGUCUGAUUUUAAUGCGGUAAAUGAAGACUCGGAGAAUAUUGAUGAGAUCAGAAAUGGCUGUGGUGGUGUCGUGGAAUCGGAGGAGAGUGAAGAGUUGAUAAAUAACAAGGAGGUGGAGGAUAAAAAAAUCAAAGAGAAUGGAGAAAGUAGUAAAGGGAUGGAGGCAUCCGCCGUGAAAUUCUCUUACCAGCCAUUAGCACCAGCUCACUGGAGAAUUAAAGAGAGUCCUCUCAGUUCUGACCAUCUUCAAACAAGUUUGCCUUGUGUUUGCUUUGUUCAAGUACCUUCCAUUGUACGCAGUGUAUGCGUCUACCUAUAUGUUUACUUAUUGUUUUUUCUUUGCAUUCAUUUUCAUACCUUAUUUGAUUUAGAUGAGGAUUAA